AUGUUUGUCGAUACUGGAGCAACCUACACUUGUGUAGGUCCAAGUUACGCCUCACACCUCCCCAUGUCUGACAAAUUUGUCAAAACAGUAGGAUUCUCGGGAAAGCUUCAAACAAUACCUAUGACGGCUCCAGUUCAGCUAACAAUGGAGGGCGAAACAACGACAUUGCCAGUUCUGGUAUCUGAGCAGACACCAGUAAAUUUACUAGGAAGAGAUGCUCUAUGCAAGCUGAAUGUAAACAUUUCUUGUACGCCUGAGGGAGUGAAAGUAGAUAGAGUGAAGGAAAAGUUCCAAAUGAAUGUUCAGACAGCACGUGCAAAAGUAUACUGGUUAGGAGAUAUAUCAGAACCAGUGCUCCAGGCUUUCCAAAAGUGGGAAAAGUACAUCUGUGCUCAAAUUCCAAAAGCGUCAAAACCACGGUCUGAAUACCAUUGCACAGUCUAUUUUGAUCCAUCAUGUAGCAAAAUCUUUGAAGAAAAGUGGGAAACACAAACUGAAGGCCUGACGGUGUCAUUGACAACAGAGUAUAUCAUAAUUGGGCAAGAGGGUGCAGCGUUUAACGUUGAGUCAAAUCCUUUCCUGGCACAAUGGUAUAACGUGCCCAAUUCGGCACCACACAUAACCUUGUUGGUUAACGAAAAUUUUGCGUCAAAGGAUUUGGGGCCAAUGAUGAAAAAUGCGUCCAAAAUAACUUGGAAUGCGACGGAAAAUCCACUAAUUUUUGUGUCGCCAGAUGAGACAAAGAUAAAAAUUUUGUGUGGUACCCAUAUGGUUUCAAAACCAAAAGAAGUGAUCAUCACUUCAUUUGACGUACCACAGAUGCCGCAAAUCCGUGAAGGUGAGAGUGACUUAAAACAAGAAAUGCUCGAACACGUCCCAGAAAAUCUAUGGUCAAAACAUGAAACAGAUGUAGGGUUAGUGAAGUCAGCAAACCCUGUUAGAGUGGAGCUUAAACCAAACAUGAAACUUCCAAGACGCGCACAGUACCCUCUGAAAUUAGAGGCAGAGAAAGGUAUAAGCCAAACUAUUGAAGGGCUUCUGAAAGCGGGAGUAUUAAUUGAGACACACAGUUUUUGUAAUACGCCAAUACUACCUGUGAAGAAAGCAGUCAAAUCCAAGUACCGGCUGGUACAUGAUUUGCGAGCAGUGAAUGAGAUCGUCCAGGAUAGUCCAGUGGAAGUACCAAAUCCGCAUACUCUCUUGACAAAUGUUCCACCUGAAGCUAAGUUUUUCACAGUAAUAGACUUGUGCUCAGCAUAUUUUAGUGUUCCGUUGCACGAAGACUCUCAACAUUUGUUUGCGUUCACAUAUCGAGGAAAACAAUAUUGCUAUACUCGAAUGCCACAGGGGUUCAAACAUAGUCCACAUGUGUUUAAUCAGGUGUUAAGAGAGGACCUUGAAGGGUUGCAACUCAAUAGCACCCUGUUACAGUACGUUGACGAUCUGUUAAUAUGCGCACCGACACUCGAGGACUGCCACAGAGACUCAAUUAAAUUACUUCAGAAGUUGGCUGAGGGGGGGCAUAAGACCUCCCAGGCAAAGUUACAAUAUUGCCAGCCCCAGGUCGAGUAUCUGGGAAGAGUUAUAUCACACGGAACAAUCUCAGUGGCACCCUCUCAGUUGGAGGGAGUGAGCAAAGUGCCACUCCCUCUUACAGUGGGACAGAUGAUGACUUUUCUAGGCAUGACUGGUUUCAGCUCAAACUGGAUAGUGGACUAUGCUGUCAAAACUGCACCAUUGAGAGGAAUAAUGAAGGAGGGUGAGACUCAGACAUUGAGGUCACCGCUGAAAUGGACCAAUGAGUCCAGAAUUGCGUUUGAAACAAUCAAACAGGAAAUGCAAACAGCUCCGGCGUUGGCAACACCAGACUAUGGCAAACCGUUCUUUUUGUACGUGUCAAAUAGACAUAAUAUGUAUGCAUCUGCAGUGUUGAUGCAAGAAACCUGUAGUGGUCGAAGGAAGCAACCCCUUGCAUACUACAGCACGAAGCUGGACAAUGUGGUCCAGGGUUGGCCACCAUGUUAUCAAGGGUUGGCUGCCGUUCAUUAUGCGUAUGAGAAGGCAUCAACAAUCACAAUGGGACAUCCAGUGACAAUAUACACGCAUCAUAAAAUUUCUGAGCUGAUCCACCAAAAUAGGUUUGUGAUAACGCAGGCUCGAUGUUUGCAGUACUUGCCACUGUUGACGUAUCCAGAUGUCACCAUUAAAAGGUGUGCAACGGUAAAUCCUGCAGACACAAUGCCAUUCAGUUUUGAAGGUGAGCCUCAUGAGUGUGUGCCAGAGGCAAUGAAGUACACGAAGUUAAGACCAGAUUUGGAGUCUACACCUUUGUUAAAUGCAGAAGUGACAUACUUUGUGGAUGGAUCGUGUUACAGAGAUCACCUUGGCAGCCAUGCAGGGUUUGCGGUUAUCAAACAGGAAGGAAGUGAUUUUGUGACAAUAAAGGCUGAGAGUUGUAUACAACCAUGCUCUGCACAAUUAGCUGAGUUGAAGGCUUUGACUGAAGCGUGCAGAAUGGCCAAAGGAAAGACAGCAAAUGUGUAUACGGAUUCGGCGUAUGCACAUGGAGUGUGUCAUUUGUUUGGGGCAGUGUGGAAGCAACGUGGUUAUAAAAAAAGUGAUGGUUCACCAAUACACCACCAAAAACAGAUAGUUGAUCUUAUUUCGGCGAUGAUGCAACCGACAAGGCUUGCUGUUAUCAAGUGUCAGGCACACAGGAAAGGAAAUGAAGAUGUUGUGCAGGGAAACAAUGCAGCAGAUGAAGCAGCAAAAUUGGCUUCUAAAAGCCAGGUGACUGUUUUGGCUCCAUUGGUGUCAAUAGAACCAGUCGCUACGCCAGAUGACAUUGUGUUGAUGCAACAAAAUGCAGGGCUAAGUGAGCACAGUUUGUGGCAGCAGAGAGGAGCUUCAAAAGAUGAAAAAGGUCUGUGGAGAUCACAUGAAGGACUGCUUGUUGCGCCAGUCUCAUUACUUACAGUGCUAAUAUCAGAUGUGCACAGUCCAGAUCACUGUGCAAAGGGGGAAGUUGUAAGGAAGAUAAAACAGCAAGGAUAUUGGUCACCAUAUUUACAGUCAAUGAUAGAUGAAGUCUUGGGACAAUGUGAAGUUUGUGCACAGAACAAUGUCAGAAAAGGCAUAACUACACCCAUUGGACACAUACCAGUUCCAGAAGGACCAUUCAAACAUCUUGUGCUAGACUAUGUAGACAUGAUUAAAUCGGUGCAUGGAAAGAGGUACAUGUUAGUAGUUAUUGACCGAUUUAGUCGUUGGGUUGAAGCGAUGCCGUCUAAAGAUCAGAGUUCAGAAACUGUUGUUAAAUUCCUGUUAAGAGAAGUAAUUCCGCGGUUUGGAAUACCAUCAGAAAUAAGUUCGGACAACGGUCCGGCGUUCGUGCAAAAAGUAGCCAAAGGAAUCUUACAACAGUUGCGAAUAAGACAAAGGUUGGGGUGUGUCUAUCAUCCUCAGUCCCAGGGAAUGGUAGAGAGAGUAAAUGGGACAAAGCCAGAUACAAUGGGUGGUAUAAAUGGAUAUGGUACACAACCAGGGAAAUGACAAAUGUGGAAUGCAUAGCAUGUUCAGCAGCUCCAACCGCGUUACCAAUUGUAAUUCCUGAAAAGAACAGUUUCAAAACAUGUGCAGAUGAACAAAGGCAGAAAUGUAAAAAAAGAGGAUUCGUGUCAACUAAUCAUAAAAUUAGGCUUUUCUCAUUACCAAUGUGCACCAUACAAUGUAGAUUAAUUUAUGGCUCAAAAAAGACACACAAUUUAAUGAGUCCACUGCCUGCUCGGGCUAAGGAUAAUGUGUGCACUGAGUUUGGACUCACAACAGCCUUAGAUGGACCCCCAACAAAGUAUAAAGUAGAUAGAACGGCAGAGUAUGAAUGUUUCGCAAGCGGUGGGUUUAAGACUGAUAACCAACUUGGGAAUUAUGUGGGAAAUACUACGGUGAAGUGUAAAGUAACUUGGGUACUAUCUUGGUUUCCACACGCAAACAUGAUUCCGAUUUUUGUCACCAGACCGGUAUGGUAUGAGAACCCAGGCCCAAAUGAUCAGUCAUGUCAAAAUAUAACAAUGACAAUACCUAAUAAUCAAUUUUUGGCUGUACAAUCUACGGCAGUAGCGGACAGCUAUUGGAUGUGUGGAGAUGACAUAUUGCGUAAUGUUCUGCCUCAGCAAUGGAUUGGCCUGUGCAGAUUGGUAAGGAUGAAAGUGCCCGUUCAAGUAAUGUACAAAGGUGUCCGAGAAGUACUCCAAACACAGGGUGCCAUUAGAUUUAAAAGAUCAUACAUACCAGACUCUCGGGUCUAUCUAGACGCAAUAGGGCAACCACGAGGAAUUCCAGAGGAAUUCAAAGCUAGGAGUGAAAUUAAGGCUGGUCUGGAGUCCAUAUUUCUCUGGAUUACGCCCAAUAAAAAUGCGGAAUGGAUUAAUUACGUGUAUUAUAAUCAACAACGCUUUAUUAAUUAUACCAAUGAAGCCCUCAGAGCGCUCGGAGAACAAUUACAUGAAACAACCAAAAUGUCAUGGCAAAAUCGUCAAGCCUUGGAUUGGAUGCUUGCUGAGAAGGGGGGAGUGUGCCACAUGUUUGGAGAACAAUGUUGUACCUACAUACCCAUGAACACGGCCAGAAGAGGAUCUUUUACUACAGCAAUGUCUAGAAUUAGUGAACUAAGCAAAGAGUUGACAGGAAAUGCAGGGAAAGAUGUAAAGGCACUUGACUGGUUCACCACAAAGCUUGGGCAUUGGGGUGCUAACCUGGCAAGAACGGGAAUAACUGCAGUAAUAGUUUUGACAGUGAUAUGUCUGUUACUUUGUUGCAUCGUACCCAUUCUGAAGAAAGUACUGAUUAAGACUUUUGUAAGACAGAUGACUGCGCUGGCGGUUACCAAAGUGGCAGAGGCUCAGCUAGCGCAACUGGUGGUCGAGCAGCCUGAUCUAUUUCCCAAUCCGGACGAUCGUGAGGACGAUGACACCGACUCAGAGGACUCAAUGAGCCGUGAGGUAUGAUUGACUGUGGGAUUGGGAAAGGAGCUGGAAUUUGAGCUGGACACCACCAACUGUAUAUCACAAUGCGCUGAGGCCUCUCCACGAACUGUGCUAGUAGCGUGUGGAAAACCGCCAUGCCAAGGACAGGACUGACAUAAAAGGACAAUGGACUUGGCGGGACUGAACAACAAUGCACUCACUCACAGUUAGUCAGUGUUGGACUGCUGAGUAACACCAGUUAGUUAUUAUUAACAAGUGUAUUAUUUCAGUUAUUUAGCAUUAACUACCAUGUCAGGAUUAUGUCACUCACUUACUAGGUUAGUUACUCUGUAGUCGCUGUGAGUUUACACUGACGCAGUUAUUCAAUGAGUUACCUGAGAAGUACAUUAGAUCAUGAAGAAUUAGACAUGGAGUAAAAUUUGUGAUCUGUUCAAUAUUCACUAUAUCACAGCACUCAGAGUACAGUUUAUGCCACACAUAUAUACUAUCUCUAUAGACAGGUGUAGUUGGUAGAUCAUUGAGUUAACUCAUAAUAAUAAUAGUUACCAGACAGUUAGAUAAGUAGUUGGCACAGGGUCAGCUAUACCAACCAAGGGGACCCUCCAGCCGAGACGAGCCAUCCAUGAGGACCACGCCAGCCGAGACGAGUCAUUCCUGAGGGCUGUAAUCGAGGGAGCCAGAUCGUGCGGGAGGACAUCCAUCCAGGAGGCAGGCUAUGAGGAAGGGGUGAGAUGAGCGCCCUCCUCCAACAUGUGACGUGCCAAGUCACCACCUCGUUUCGGCGAAAGAAGCCCCUCAUCACAAAGGGUCCCUCCAGAUGACAUCGUGCUGAUCAUCGGCGGAUGAUCGAAGAAGGGACUGAAGAUGGCCUACACCAUUCUUACAGAGGCACAAUAAUCCUCUGGGCGGUGAUGAUAUGAGCAGAAACAUUUCUCCCGACCUUGCCACACACCGAAUCACUGCCCAUAACACGUUCCCCACUUCCCCGUGCCCAUUCUUCAGGACAAGCAUGCAUCAAAAUCCCCACGAACUUAAUCUUUGAACUUCUUUCGGAAAAUGAAGACGGUGAAAUGACGGGUCUAAGAGACAUUAUUAUUUGUUUUGGGGGUUUGGGACCCCCAAAAGGGGGGAAUAUAUUGUAAAAUGAUUCUUGUCCUGUGAACUCCAGAGUACCUUUUGUUCUGUGAAAGACAGUUGAACUCAGGCCUACGUGACUGAGGGGGAGGUCAUCGUGACCGAAGUUAUACAAGAUAUGUUCCAGAUGUUAUGUGAUUUCAAAAUGUCCUGCCAACAGGGCCAAGGAAGGAUGAGGUUUGGUAAUCCACGUCAUUGUUAUUGUUCACUGGGUCUAUUUAAGGGUGAACGGAAUAAACGGGGUAUCCCUUUUCCCUCAACUGCAUACAAGUUGUGUU